AUAACGACAACGACAACGGCAACGACAGCGGCCUUUCGACCCGUUUCCACCAGAAUGAACGGAGGCGCAUCCAACGGCAGCGACAGCGACAGCUCCAGCGACGCCUGCGAGGAAGAAAGCACUAGUACUAUUACUAGUAGCAGUAUUAGCAGCGACAGCAGCAGUAACAGUGACAGCGAAUCCUCCUCGGACAGCGAACAGUACUCGCUGUCACCGUCUGCUCCUGUCAACGGGGCAGGACGCAGCGGCAACGAGGACGACGACGAAGCCAAAGACGACGACGAACCCAGAGACGACGCCUACACUUCGGCGGUGAGGGAGUGGGUGGACCGCGUGCCGAUCGCCCUGAACCUCUGCCCGUGGGCGAGGCUSUCCCGGAACAACGGGCGCACCCGGUGCGUCACCUGUCCCUCGGCGAGCAAGGGGGGGGUUUCGGUUUUUCUGGAGGAGGAGAUCGAUCGGCUGCUGGAUCCUUUUCGCUUCCACCGGCCSUGGACCACGACGCUGGUGGUGUGCCCCCUGGUCGGGGACUGGAAGGAGGACUUUGGCGCCUUUGACAAGUACGUGGGGGAGUUUGCGGAGGAAGUGCGGAAGCGGAAGCAGCGCAAGGAAGAAGAGGAACAAGACGGUUCKUCUUKYCCCGGUGUUUCGCUGGUGGCCUUCCACCCGUUGUUUCUGCGCUGGAGGGGCCUCCCGGCAGGGGUGGGGGUCGGCUCCCGCGUCCUUUGCCACGCCGGGAGGAGCGGCUUUUCCAAGAGCAAGGGGGUCUACCCCGCGACCGUGGUCGACCCCCGCCCGGAGCUCUUUGGCCAGCGGCGGAUCAAGGUGCGCUUUUGCGGUGCAUGCGAAGGCAGCGGGGACAACGGCAAAAGAAGCAGGGACACAAGGAKYACCGAAAGGGCGGWUCCAGACCGAACCCCCGAACACCCCUUCGAGGGGAAGGAGCAGUACGUGCCGGUCGACUGGGUCGUCCCCGGGGACAGAGAAGGCGAACACGAACACGCAAAGAACGAAGGGCCGCCCCUCUCGGACAACGCCAUGCACCGGGCGCCCUUCCCGGUCGUGCACCUGAUCCGGAACGAGGACCUUUCGUCCCUGUGUGCCCGGGACGUAUCGCGGCUGAAGCGGAGGAACGCCCCGGCCAUGAUGGGCCUGUCGCUCGAUGAAGUGUGACGGGAUCGUUCAAAGUGCGAUGGCAUGGCACGGUAGGGUAGGGUAGGGUAUGGUAGGGUAUGGUAGGGUAUGGUAGGGUAUGGUAGGGUAGGGUAGGGUAUGGUAUGGUAUGGUAUGGUAUGGUAUGGUAUGGUAUGGUAUGGUAUGGUAUGGUAUGGUAUGGUAUGGUAUGGUAUGGUAUGGUAUGGUAUGGUAGGGUAUGGUAUGGUAUGGUAUGGCAUGGUAUGGUAUGGUAUGGCAUGGUAUGGCAUGCGAUGGCAUGCGAGCGACGGGCUGGGCUUGGGUGCAGCGGGGUCGAAGCGGAAUUCGUACCGAUGCAAACCAUUCCUGCUUUGGCACAGAUGCGAACGAACCUCACGAAGAAACGACUCACCGAUUCACGGUCAAGGUCGGAAWCCACUCCUUACCAAGCAAAUGCUUUGGAGCUUGAUCCCAAGUACGAGUACUGUACGAACCAAUGCGUAUUGGAUUCCRUAGAGCACACAAAGCAGAAGAAGAAGAAGACACUAUGUUUUUGCGAGCAGGAACGACAUUGUAUUCCCAUCGCAAAAUGGGCGCUGGACCAACAACGUCCCGCAUUAUAAUUCAGUUACAGUGCUCAAAAACAAARCUCGUCGUUCAAUGAUGUGGCUGAUUGUUGUCCAUUUGUCGGGCAUGGGGAGUGUKKCCAGUUCUUUCUYUAGAWCCGSCUGAMAGAAAACCUGCGACAGCGWCGYAUMGCUAUGCGAGUGCCAAUCACGGCGACUSUUUUGGGCCAAACCGAUUCAUGCUAUCCAUCCAGCUGCGUUGAURUUGUUGUGGCGCUAUGCCUCACAGCGAGGUUUGAUUGCCAUAAACAACAAACCUUUCCCUCGGAAACUAAAACGGGAACACGCACCACAUAACUAUUGCAAAAUAUAUAUGUUGCUGAUACCGAUUGCUCUUUUUGCAUGCUUGUGUCGCCGGUUGCUUCACUGCCUGGAUUGUACGAUACGCGACCGAAGGUUUCUUUGCUCCCGAAGAUUUUGGUCCGAUCGAACCACAUCUAGGUGGGAUACAAAACCUCGUGKMCGGGCCGUUGAAAAGACAUUCCCGGACUUUUUAAAGCUCGACCUAAAUGACAUUCCCGGACUUUUUUAAGCUCUACCCAUAGGAUUAAARGUUUUYCAAUCGU